AUGCGCAGCCUCAUUGUCAUUGUGGCCAUUGUCUUCGCAACACGAAUCUCUGCAGCAUGUACCCGCGAAGCCCUCAAAGCUAUCACCGAUGAAUUCCUCACCGCCCAAACCGCAGGACAGCCCAUAUUCUCUUCCCUCUCUAGCACCGUCGCAUACACCGAAAAUCGCAAGAGUGUCGACAUCAAAACUGGCAUCCUCUCCAAACCCAUGAAAAUCGACCAUGCCCGAUCCCAACACGACACCACCAACUGCGCCGCCUUCAGCGAGUUUAUCAUUACAAACACCGCCGCGCCGUAUGUGAUCGCAACCCAAUUACGCAUAGAUAACAGCACCAAAGUAUCGCAAAUUGACACCAUCUGGACAAGCAAAGGAGACUGGCUCUUCAACGUUACGGGCACAUACUACUGGGCCACCCGUGAGAAAUGGGAUCCCAUCCCUUCUGAGAGGCGCGAUACGCGUGCAGUCAUCAAAGCAGCAGGAGAUGCGUAUUGCGACCUCUUCAACAACAAAAGCGUCACAGUACCAUGGGGCUCGCCAUGCGCUCGUCUCGAAGGCGGUGCGUAUACAGGCAAGGGUGAGGCGACGGAUAGAUGCGAUGUCGGUGUUCCGAGCGGGGUACCGCUGGUGAAUAGGCAAUAUGUUAUCGACGAAGAGUAUGGGACUGUGGAUAUUAUCAUGGAUUUUGGAGGUGUUGCAGGACAGGUUGGGGCGGAUGGGUUGCCGGAUAGUCAUGAGUUUAGGGUGGAAGGGGGGAAGUUGCGGUUCGUGCAUACGCUUUCGAGUUGUGGGGGGAAAGCUUGUAUGUAG